AUGGCUGAACUCUCGAACAUUAUCAUCAUACCAUUCCCAUUAGUUAGCUGUCGCGAUAGUUACGAUCCAGAUCAAAACCCAACUGCUGGCCCUCCUCCCUGGCCAUUAUUCUUGUCCGGGUUCCUGGCAGUCUUUUGCCCAGAUCCACCCGGCUCCACUGAGGCACCUGGUGAUUGUUUGCUAAUCUCAAGCCCUGAACAAUUUCGGGGGCUUGGGAACUCGGGGGCUUGGGGACGCGGGCAACUAGCCCACCACCCUCCCACCUUUUUCCUUGUCAGGGAUAUCCGAGCUAGCUCGCACCGCCUACUGGAUUUUCUCCCACGCUCCUCGCAUUUGAACACUUCGAAUCCGAUUCUGCAGCUGCUCAUGCGAUGGAGCCAGGACAGAACCUCGCAGGACAUCAUCAGAGUUACCAUUCUACACCUCGUCUACCUUUGCCUUAGCUACGAAACGAUUCUUGGCGAAUGCUGGGAACCAAUUGAGAUCUCCACGAUUGCAUCAACAGCUUUCAUACCCAAAACAGGGUCGGACCUCGAGCUCACCUUACCGUCCGAGAUGGAGACGGCGGUCCCAGUUACGUACAAUGUUACGAACCAUGACAUGAACGCUGUUGCUCACCGCCGCAUGAUGGCUCCCCAUCAACAUCACCACCACCAUGACCAGAAUAUCGCAUACUUCUCAAAUCCACCAAUUCCAUAUUCGACCCCUCUGCAACCCCCUUCUUUUAGUGGCUUCGGCCACAUUUUAAAUAACCAUCCGCAUCAUACCUCCUAUCAGGGUUACUUCAAUUCGAAUCCGAGUCACCAGGUUAAUUCCCAUCAUCCCCGACUGCCCACAGAGACAAACCCAGUGCAACAACUUUCAGAUGUCCGCCAUGUCAAAAACGCCAACCCGCGUUUGAUCAGGCCUUCUCCUCCAAAGGAAGACACUCUCCCCCCUCCACCUCCGCAACGCAUGUGCGUCCCACCAGCGCGAAAUACAACACAGCAUGAGGACUCGAAACCUAUGCACAAGCCCGAGGUGGUGUUUGGGACAGAAGUGGAUACUUUGAUGAAGGCCAUACAAGCUAAACCGCAACCACCGUCACCUCAGGCGGAACACCAACUCCCUCCCUUGCAACAAAAGUUCAAUAGCGGCGUCACCAAUUGGAUUCAUCCAGCCUACGCCAACCAAAUGGGUGGAAACCAGUCUAUUUUCCCUAACCCCCCUCAAGAUCGCAUUCCGCCCGCGAACCAAAAACCUAAAAGGAAAUACGAUUGCACUCUCCCUCAUUGCAGGAAGAGCUUUUUCCAGAAGACACAUCUUGAUAUCCAUAUGCGGGCACAUACCGGUGACAAGCCUUUUACAUGCAAGGAGCCCUCGUGUGGCCAGCGGUUUUCUCAACUGGGGAAUCUUAAGACUCAUGAACGAAGACACACUGGCGAGAAGCCUUACUCGUGCGAGAUUUGCCAUAAGAAAUUUGCCCAGCGAGGCAAUGUCCGCGCCCACAAAAUCACGCAUGAGCAGGCAAAGCCCUUUACAUGUCGGCUAGACGACUGUGGGAAACAAUUUACACAAUUAGGAAAUCUUAAAUCUCACCAAAACAAAUUUCACGCCCAAACUCUCCGAAACCUAACCCUACGAUUUGCAUCCAUUGCCGACAUCGAGCGUAUGUCUCCACAGGACAAGGAGUUGUGGAGCUACUUCUCCAACCUAUACCGGAAUAGCAAUAAGGGCAUCAAAGGCCGUGGCAAGGACCGCCGCGUAUCAACUGCCAAGCGCUCAAUGAGUGCCUAUGAUGGGAGCCCCUCGGAAAGCGAGGAUGAUGGCAAGGACCGCAAUCGAACUUAUGACCGCGCAUCAGCAGUGAUGACCUCCAACAACGACGAACCGGAUUAUCGUGAGCAGCUUUACCACAAUAGGAACGGUGGUCAUCAUUGA